AUGAUGAAUUCGAAUUGGGGCUUUUGGCUAAGGAUUAGGGUUCAUUUUUUUUCAACACCACAAAUAACAAGGAAAAAAGGAGGCGACGACAAUGGCGACGCAGGGGCUCGACUGGGUUCUUCUCGGCGACGGCAACGACGACGCAUGGGUUCGGUUGUGUUCUUCUCGGCGACGGUUGCAAGUGGUGCCAACUAGGACCUUCAAUCUCACAUCUCCGGAAAACGACCUGUUAUUGAUUUCAAUAAGAAGGACCUUGCCAAUCCCAAUAUCAUGUUGGGUCUGUUAAAGAUUCAGUGGUUGGAGAAGAGCGUAUUGCCCAGUCCUUGCAGUUUAAAUACCCGAGGAACUCUUUUACAAAGGAUACUGGCUAAUCGGCAGUCUGCUGCUCGCUCAAAGGAGAGGAAAGCUCGCUAUAUACAGGAACUUAAGCAAAAAGUUCAGACUCUUCAAACAGAAGCUACAACUCUAUCUGCCCAACUCACACUCUUCGAGGGAAUAUUGACUAGUCUUUUCCAAAGCAAUGGCAAGUACAUGUAUGACUAUGCAACUAUUUCAUAUCUUGCUGAAGUGUUCAAGGCUAAAACUCUACUUGGAUAUUUAAGAGAACCAAGAAAAUUAUAUAAGAGAACCAAUGCAACAAGAAAUUCUUCUUCAAGUUGUUGGGUAUUAUUUUCUUUCUUGCUUGUAAGAAUUAUGUACAUUGAGGAUUUGAUGUAUUAUUUACAUUGGGAAUAAUGAAUUUUUAUUGAGAAUUAUAAUAAA